CUAAAACAACUUUAACAUUUAUUACCAAUUUUUCUUUGACAGAUUUACCCAAAGCACUGCUGAGGCUUCUCAAAAACAAGCUGCUAAUGUUCAACAUAAUCUCCGCCAUUUUCUACAUCCUUGGGUCCAGCGGGUACAUCACUUUCAUGAGCAAAUACAUCGAAGUACAGUUCCACAAAACGGCUGCUAAUGCAACGGUCAUAACGGGUCCCGUAACCCUUUUCGGAAUGGUGGCCGGAUUCUUGAUCUCAGGAAUUGUCAUCUCGAAGAAAAAACCUUCGGCCAAGAUUUUGCUUUUCUGGAAUGUGAUUGUUGGAAUCGGUUACAUGCUUGGUCAGUUUUCGUACCUAUUCCUGACCUGUCCGGAUGGAAACAUGCCGUUGGUGCAAGGUCGACUAAAUCUGACGACGAGUUGCAACAGUCACUGCCACUGUGAAGGUAUUCCAUACAGUCCCGUUUGCAGGGAAGAAACGGGAACCACAUUUUUCUCCGCUUGCCACGCCGGGUGUGAUGCAUGGAAUACCAAAGAAAAAUAUUACGAUAAAUGCACCUGCCAGAAUGAAAAUUAUUCCCCAAUUACGAAAACGUACGAUACGACGCAACGAUCGACAUAUCCAAUCGAUCUAGAAACUGUUCCUUGGACCAGCUCUAGGCCUAGCAGUAUUGCAACCACUCCAACUACAAAAGCUUCCCCCCAGCUUAAAUCAUUGUUACCCACUUUAACUGAACAGGAACCUAUAACGGCGCCUCCAAAUCGGACAACCGAAGACGAUUCUUACAUUUACGAUGACAACGAAGAAAAUCUCACGCCAAACCCUGAUAGUAGGGAAGACUUUAACGCAUCUACAAUCGAGGAACCUGAAGAGGUGAAAUCUUCUAGGAGGAGACGACGCCAAGUCACUGAAGAUUUUGGCUCAUCUUUGCCCAGCGCAACAACGACCGAGGAAAAUAGUAGUCCCUACACAGCCAGGCUGAUUCCGGGUGCCUGCCUCAAGGGAUGUGCGCUGGGUUUCUAUCUCUUUUCAAUCAUAUCCAGCAUCAUCAAUUGCUUCGGAGCUUCUGGGCGCAUCGGCAACAUGCUGGUCAAUUAUAGAUGCGUCGCCAAGGAGGAUAAAUCCUUCACCCAGGGCCUGAUACUGAUGAUGAUCAGCCUGUUCGCCCUCAUUCCGGGACCGAUCAUCUACGGGCGGAUCAUCGAUAGCACCUGCCUAGUGUGGACCGAAGAAUGCGGCAAACGGGGCAACUGUCAGCUGUACGAUCAACGACUUUUCCGAUACUACAUCAACCUGACAGCAUUUUGCUUAACAUCGAUAGGGGUAUUCUUCGACGUUCUCGUCUGGUGGUACGGAAAAACGCUUGAACUAUACAGCGAGCCAGACACACCCACUGAAAACAAAGCAUCUCCCAAGGAACGGAAUAGUGCCUUUUCGUGAUAUUCACAAACAGAAACUUAAUGAUUGUCUAAAGUGUAGGAUUAUUCGGAUACAAGCUUAGUAAUUUGAACAGGUUAUUGUUUUUUUUCUAUUUAAAACAGUUUUAUAGAAUAAAAUUUCUAAACGUUACAAAUAUAUUUUCUCAAUCUGUGUUGUGUGUUAAAGCAUUGAACUUGUUGCGAUUGCAUUUCACGACUAUCAGAUAAUUUGUUGUGUAACAAUCCAAAACACGGUUGACAAUAUGCUAUCCAAAAAGAAAAAUAAAUGUUCCAACAUCUGACUGACUACCA